GUUGACAUAGUUCUCGUUGUGUAGUCUAGUUUGGCCUAUUAAAUUUUAAUUCAAGCAUAAUUUAAGGUCAAGUUAAACUGGGGGUUAGUGACUCUUAGUCUUAUCUUGGUCUUAGUCCUAAGUCUUAACUUAAAACUUAAUUAGUAAUUUUAGACUUGUCAUUGUCACUUAGACUUAGUUAAAUAUAGUAAUUCAUUAACUUAAUGAAUGGGUCUUAAUUUAAAGUCAAGUACUUAAUUUAAAAUUUAAUGUCUUAAUUAAGAAAGCAGAUUUAGACCAAAUAUUUGUUAAUAAUAAUAUUAUUAAAUUUAUAAUUGAAUAUUGCCACAACCUUACUUGGGCUAUGCCAAUGCCUGCAGCUCUGUCAUGUUGCUUAUUUUGACUAACACUAACAGUUUAGCUUUUGAAAUGGCUGCCAUCUUUCUGGCCAUGGCAACAGACAUGUAAAAAAUGUAGUACACAACACAGCUGAAAAAAUGGUGAGGGAAAAGGGAGACAGUGUGUUACUGUAUGAUAACAAAAUUUUAGAGAAUGGUUUAAAUUUAAACGAAAAGAAAUAAGCAAUUAAUUUUUUCUGUGGUGAACGUAGGAACUUUAUUCCUGUGGUUACUCCCUUUCCUGAUGUAGUUUCAGCUGGUACAUUCAUUUCUUGGCCAACAUAGCAACUUUAUUGUAUCCCUCUAGAUAUGCGACUUAAAGUGUCUAUGAUCUGCGGUCACUCCCUUCCCUCAACUAAAAACAUGUGUGCUACAGUUACACCCUGGUGAGAAAAGUGUAAAAAUGAAGAAAAUCAAUCAAAAACAUUUUUUAAAUAAAGAAAACUCAACUUAAUGAUUCAUUGAAUACACUUUUAUAAACUUUAUUACAUGUUCCAACAAAAAUAAAAUCCAAAUAUAUUUUAAAAAAGUCAACAUUCAUUUUGAAAUAUUAUAAUUAAUUAUGCUAUGAAAUAUAAAUUAUAAAAACUCAUCAAUCAAAAACUGUAAGUUGGGUUUUCAUUAUUUUUAAAUUAUUUUAAUCUUUUCUUCUCAGUACAGUGUGUAACUGUAGCACAGGAACACAUGGUUUUAAGGGUUUACGUUUUGUCUUAGUUCUUAGGUUUGAAUGUCACACUAACACAAAGUCCUUAAUUAUUUUUUAGCCAAAAUAUGCAUACUUAAAGGGCUUAGAGGGCUACACUGCUCGUCUCACAAUACCACAAGGGCCCCCUUUCAUUGGCUCUUUUUUUACUUACACCUGGACAUCUGUCAUAAAAUAAAUACUUUACAUAUCUGGGAUUCUCACCUUGCUCUUUGGGGCAUCCAUAAACGACGUCAUAUUAAAAAAAGGUGUGUGGGGGGGGGGGUGGGGGUUGGGGGUAGAGUUUCCACAAAUUUCGGAAGAGCAUAUUUGUGUUUACUCAAAGACAAAAGAGUUCUCCGUAAUGUAAAAUCCAAAUGGUCCUUAUGUCCUUUCAAAAUGUUAUUCAUGAUCUUUUAUAUAUAUUUUGCUCAGGACAUGUCCUGCUUUCUUUUCACAACUGGCCCUCCCCUACUCAACAAGUUUUAUAUUAAUAGUGCUGACCAAAAAAAAAAAAAAUCUGUCACGCACAAGCGUCAUGCGUUACAAUUGAACUCGGGUAAAAAGGUUUAAUUUUCUUCUUCAGGCCAAGGUGACUAUUAUAUUAAUCAAUAAAGAGCCAUGGGUAUGGUGUAGGACUGUCUGUGAGACUGUUUGUGAGACUGCUUUUGUAACACUUUGAUCCACCAUGUAUUUUAUCAAAAUACCCAGACCUGGUGUAAAAAAACUACAUGAUAACGGAAUCUGCACUUAUGCUGCCUUGUUAAAUUGAUACCUAUAGCUUAGUGUACACCUGAAAUAAGAAAGUGAUCUCAUAUUUCAUUCCAAGCGGAAAUCAUCUUUUAAUAGAAAUCACAUCAUUUCCUGAAAAAUUAUUCUAGUUACAACUUUUGCUUAGCAUCAGUUGACCCCAGUCUUAUAUUACCAAUGCUAUAGUAUAAAAUAUAGUUAAAUCUAUGUGAUAUAAUAUUAAUGUUAGUAAUGGCUUAUCAUAAAUAAUAUUAUUUAUGCCUUCAUUAUCCAAUCCCUAGGAUUAUGCCUUAAAUGAUGUUUCUUAUGGUUUAACAAAGAGAACAUUUUCAUGUCCCUCAAAUAAAGGACUAUACAUAUAAUAAAUUUAUAUUAACAUUAAGGUAUGGCUGUAAGGCUGUAUUAUAAUAUAUUUUUAUUAUUUCUAUUUCUACAGGGUGUAGAAAUUUUGACAAUAAUGGAUUUUGCUUCAAAGUACAUUUUAGCCAAUGAUGAAGAGGAAUAUGAGAGUGUAUCAGAGGAGGAGUUUGAACAGGGAAUGCAUAUAAGGUUAAAAAAAAAUAAUUUUUGUAUGCUGUUUGUUUUGCUUUGAUUAAAUAAGAAUUGUAACAAUGUGUUUUUUUAAAUACAAAUUGCGUAGGAAUGAAAGACAAGUUGAAUGAUAUGUCCUCCAAUCCCUCUUAAUUAACUUGCUAAUAAAAAUACCCAAUAAAGUUGAGUAUUAUUAUUAGAGUUGAAAAUUUAUUAUAACUACCAGAUUAUUUAUCAACAGUUAAAUAUUGCCCUAACAUCAUAUUUUUAGAGAUAAAUUUUGUAAGGUAAACCAAACCUUAUUUUUAUAAUGAAUACCACAUGAAAGGAAAUUAAUUAAUUAGGAUAAGUAUUUUAUAGCUUUAUGCUAUUGUAUCAAUUUGCAUAUGUUUUAUUUUUCAUGAUUAGUGAUUCUGCUUCAAGCUCAGAUGGUGAUGAUGAAGCCGAUAGAAGACCAAAGGGUAAUAACCCAGGUUUGUUUCCAUAAUUGUUUUGUGUGAACAACAUUAUUCUAUUUUACUAUGAAAUUAAAGACCUUUCAUGAUCUGGUAGUAGUUGUGUAUAUUCAACUUAUCAUAUUAAUAUAACCAGACUCACUAUAUUUUAUAACAUUUUUUAAUCACAUAUCCAUCAUAUUAUUAUUAUUAUUUGGAAAUGGCAGCCAUUUAAAACUUGUUUUUUUUUUUUUAUAUGCGUGUAUGACAAAUAUUGAUGAAUUCUUUAACAGUUUUUUUAUUAAUGACAUUUUAAAUAGCCCUUGCACAUUUAUUACAAUUGUACACUUACAGUCAUCCCUUGCCACUUUGUGCUUUGCUUUUCUUCGGAGUCACAGUAUCACGUUUUUUUCAAAUAUAACACGUAUUCAUUGAAAAUUUGAUAGGGAUUGAGUCAAUUAUACACCCCUGUAUUACCAUUAAAAUUACUGUACAUAUGGAAUGUAGGCUUAUGUCUUCAAGCACCCCAAGAAGGUCUUAUCAUCUUAAAAACUGUAUUUAGAGGGCCGGGCACAGGUUUUCUAUUCUCUAAAUAUGGAAAUAUUCAAUAAUAAUUAAAGAAUCCUACUUCCUAGAAAUUCACUUUUCUCGAUUAAGUCUGGAACUUAUAACCUUGAUAAAUAAGGGACGACUGUAGUUAGCUUUGUUGUUUUGCUGACAAAGGACUUGAGUCAAUUUAUAUUAUAAUUUGUAUGAGGUUGCCUAUUUAGUUGGGGGGGGGGGUGGUUAGGGAGAGUGGGGGAGUGUAUUGGCUGGCUAAAAUUGUUUCUAAGUUUUAAAUUAAUUUUCAGGUCAUUCCAGUCCAUCAAAGGACUUGAGUCAAUUUAUAUUAUAAUUUGUAUGAGGUUGCCUAUUUAGUUGGGGGGGGGGGGGGUUAGGGAGAGUGGGGGAGUGUAUUGGCUGUCUAAAAUUGUUUCUAAGUUUUAAAUUAAUUUUCAGGUCAUUCCAGUCCAAAGAAGAAAAAGUUUCUUAAGAAUCGACAUCACUGGAGGCACAAAAGGCAAUCAAACGAUGAAGCUGAUGGGAACGAUGUAAAGGAAAGUACUGCAAUAUGUGAAGGUAUUUUCAGGUCAUAUGCACCUUUUUUUCUAUUAUACAUAUUUUCAAUCCCUUCUAUUGUGCAUUGUAACUAACCCCUCCCCCUCUUUUUUUUUCCUGCAAAAGAACAAUAAAAGCUACUGAAAUGAGGGAGUUCCAGUGAAUAAUUCUAACUAGCCAAUGAAUGUAUUGUCCUUUACAUUGUAGCUAAUAUAUAUGGUCACUAUAUCAUUAGCCAUCUUGGCAUGUCUUAUUACAGCCAAGAUUCCUUCUAAGCGUAGAUUCCGAAGAGCCGACACUAACGUGGUGUCUGUCAACUUCAGCACAUUGCUAGCGCCUGGCAACAUGCAUGCUGGUGAGCCUGUUGUGUGUACCAAAUGCUCUGCAAUAUUAUCCCACAUCAGCAGAGUUGUCUUAGAGAAGAAGGUAAGAAGAAAUGAAUCAUAGGUGUAUAUUUUGAAAACUUUUAUUAAUUGAAAUUAGUAUUAUCAACAAAUAUUUCAUUAAAAAAUUCUCACACUAUGGAGAACUGAAAUUAAUCACAGGAAAUUGAACUUCUUCAUGCUCCUAAAAGAUUGAAGAACUAUAAAGAUCCCUCUCAGUUGAAAAAUUCAAACUUCCAAGACAUGUUACAUUAUUUUGUCAUUUAGUUCUUUAACUUAUUAAAAAAAAAUUUAAUAUUGUUGAGUUGUUUUUUUUUUGUGGUCAUAUAUUGUUCUGGUAUGAAAGGAAAAUUGGGGCCAGAAUUCGUUGAAAAUUAAAUGUAAAGAUUAUCUUUUAAAGAUGAUUUAGAAAAUAAUCUUAUCUCCUAUGAAAAUUAAAACACGAAUUUAUGGUUUACUUAAACUACUUCAAUUUGUUUUUUUGUUGCACAGUAUAAAACAAAUUAUAUUAUUGUAAGUGCAUUGUUUUAUUAGAAAUAGAGUAUUUGUAAACAAACUUUAUUUGUUUUCUGUGUUGCACUCAGGAAUGGCCGUGUGAGUUUUGCGAUGAGCUCAUUUCCGUGGACAUUGACCUGGAAGAGAUUCCCACCUCAGAAGAUGUGACCUACUUGAUAGAGCCAGCCAUGACGACAGCCACUAGCACCAUGUCAGGGCUGGACCAGUCACUAGUGAUUUUUUGUGUGGAUACCUCUGGCAGCAUGUGUGUGACUACUGAGGUAAUUGGAGAGCUCAUAGUUUGCAUGUGUAACUACUGAGGCAAUUAUAGAGCCAAUAGUUUGCAUGUGUGUAACUGCUGAGGUAAUUACAGAGCUCAUGUUUUGAUGACUGUUGCUCAUUUACCUUAAAAGAUAUGUCCUUAAUCUUAUGUCUUACUUUAUUAUCAGUUCAUAGUUUCAUCUUGUCCAAGUAACAUCAACCUUUUCUUAUGAGCUAAGUUUAUUUAAAUUUUCAACAUUUGUUUUUUCGUCACGGCAAAAAGUCUUCUUUUUGACACAUUUUGGUUUUGUGGCAUCUUUCAAGUUUUCAAUAUAUAGAUGCCUCUCCAGCAGAUAAUAUAAAACAAGAAACAACAGAGCCGAAACAUCACUUUAAUAGUCCGGUCUUUUCUUUUCAAGCCUAAACAUGUCUUGUUCCAUUAUUUAUUUGCUAAUUUUUUUUAUAAUAUCAGAUUUCGGGUACCAUCAAGUUGCGAGGCACCAGCCAGCUGAAAAGACUUCAAAGUUUUGUUGAGAAUGAUGAGGUAGACCAGCGCCUGCCAUCACAGCGAGGCCAGUCCGUGACUUACAUCUCUCGACUUCAGGCAAUGCAGGCAGCAGUUGACCACCAGCUGGGUGAGAUGGCCAAAAACCAUCCCAACAGGCGUGUGGCCUUGAUUACAUUUAACAAUGAGGUACGACACACAAUAACCAUGUUCAUUGCUGGGUAAUGAGCACCCAACAUGUUGUUGAUAAUACUUUAUUUAACAGCGGUUAAAUGUAAAAUAUUCAAAAAUUGAAGCUAGAAUAUUUUUUUCAUCACAUGAUAAAGUGUCAUUAUGUUUCAGCUUUUAAUGAAAUUUAAAAAUCUAAAAUUAAAUACCUUCUUUGUGUGUUUAUCAACACAGGGAUGAGAUUACAAUAAAGUAAUUAACUAGCUUUAUUUGCAUGUACAAUAUUCUAAAUAUUGCAGCUGAACCAAUAUGAUAUGUAAAAGCAUCAGAGAAGGAUCAUUGUGUUAAAUAUCUAUAGGAAAAAAAAAAAGAGAGAAGGUAUAUGCAUUUUAUUGAAGUGUAUCUACUUUUACAAUCAGGUGACUAUUGUUGGUGAUGGCAGCCAAAGGGAGACAAUAGUGUCAGGGGACAAGUUGAAAAGUGAGGAGGAGCUAAGCAAGAUUGGAUCUGAAGCACCGUUACCUCAGGCAAUCAAAGGCAGCAGAAGAAUCCUGGGAGAAAAGGUCUACAAGUGAGUUUAAAAUAUUUUACAUUUGGUCUCUACCAGAUAUCUGCUGGGGGUUAUCUUAAAAUUUAAGAGUUGUAAUUUAAGAGUUCAUCCAAUGUAAGAAUUUAAACCAUGAAAAUAAAUUUAAAGUUUAAAAGAAAAACAACAAAACAACUCCACAAUGAAUUGGCCUGGCAGACUGCUACGAAAUAUGCUCACAGUUCACAGAGUCACUUUUGCCAUGAGCUUUACUCAUGUGUAUUUCAAAAAUUGUAUUCAUAUUUAAGAAGCCAGUGUUGCCAGGAGCUUGAUUUAUGAUGAGUUAGAUUAUGACACCUGUCAACUGUUAGUUUCUUACAGUUAUUGUAAACUGUAACUUUUGUCACUGUCAGGUCAAAGCUCUUUCUUUUUCUCUAGCCCUUGUAUGCAUAUGUCAGUGGUUUCCCUUGCAUCUUUCUAUAGUUCCACAUUAUUUAUUUAUUGUAGACCUGCCUUAACUAACUUUUUAAAUGACUAGUUUAAAAACUGAAACAUGCUUCCAAAAUAUGUUUGACAACUUUUCUAAACAACCACCAAAAUUGACAGCCUAGAAGAGGGCGGAGCAACAGCCUUAGGCCCUGCCCUGAUUGUUGCAGUCAACAUGGCAGCACAUCACCCAGGUUCAAAGGUGAUCUUGUGUACAGACGGCAAGGCCAACAUAGGACUGGGCAAACUGGAGGACAGCACAGAAGAACAGGCAGCACUGGAUUUUUACACCCACACUGCAGAGAGUGCAUUUGCUAAAGGGUAAGAUCUAAUACUGUAGAGAGGGCACUUGCUGAAGGGUAGGAUAUAGCAGUUUAGAGGGCAUUAUGCAUACACUGUUUCUUUCUAUGUUGUAAGGAACCAGAGUCAUGGCUUUGUCCUGGGUGCAGCUUAUUCCUCACACUGCCCUACAAUGAAUCAUGUUAGCAGGAGAAAUGUUAAGCACAUUCAAAUGUUUUCUCUUUACAUUUGCAAGUAGAAACAAAAUAAAUUGAUUGAAUUUUGGAUAGUUAAAUAAUUUCAGUCAGAAUUUUUGGAUAGGUUUACAUAGCAUUUAUGUUCCAUGUGUACUAAAAAAAUGUGUGUUAAGUUUGAUGGAUUUCUCAUAGUUACUUGGUUUUUAAAUUGUCCUGGUGAAUAAUUAAUUUUUUUUUGUUUUAUACAAAAUUAGCUUAACAAGAUUUUUUUUGGGUUAUAUGUGGCACAUGUCAAUGUAAAUGUAAGCACACAUUAAUGUUAUGAAUGAGUUAAAUGUGUUUCAGAGUAACAGUAUCUGUUAUAACGAUAGAAGGCACAGACUGCAAACUGGUCCAUGUGGGGAUGUUGGCCGAUAAGACAGGAGGACAGGUAACUCUAGAACACACAAGUGUGACAUUUCCAAGGACUAAACUUUUCUUCAAGACAUACUUAAAGAAACAAACAUAUCUUGGUGCUAAAAUUAUAGUUUGAGUUUUCAUUUCCAGUUUCAGCCAUUUUAACUUCAUUUUGAUUUUUCCUGGGCAUUUUGGGGUUAAACUUAAGCAGUGACUUAUCUUUUUUUUUUUUUUUUUUUUUUUUGAACAAAAUAAAGGGUUAGAUCUAAUACUAUUUUUAUUACUGACUUGUAAAACUUGAGACAUUCAUUUUACAGCAUUCCUUUAUCUGUACUGCAUUUUAGGUCAACAUUGUUGACCCCUUAAAACUGACUGAGGAGUUUGGUAACAUCCUGGCUGACCCCAUUAUAGCCACAAGAGUCAAAGCUUUUUUCAUUCUUCACAAGGAACUGUUAGUAAAUUAAUGCAAAUUAUUUUAUCCUAUCCUUUUUUUUUUAGACUGAUCAUUUAUUUUUUUGAAAGACUAGUAUUUUGAACAUUAAAUUCGUAAAAAAUAAAACAUAAUGCCUUUUAAAACUCUCACCCAAUAUUGACUUUAAAAUGAUUUCUUUGUUGAUGUUUUAGCAGCAGACACUUAUUGAACAAAUUAUAUAAAAUAGUAAAAGUUGGGUCCAAAUAUUUUAGUGGUCUUGGACCUGUAGGUUUGAACUUUUUUACUCUUAAAUUUGAAGUAGAUCUCCAUUAAAACUAAAAUUAUCUACAUUAAACUAACAUCUCUGUUUUAAAGAAAAACAAAUUUGUAAUUUUCACUGGUAUGAACAGCGUUAUCCAUUGCUUCAUAGGUACGUCAUAGAUGAAAGUGAUCCAGACAGCAAACUAAGUCGAGCAGAGCACAAUGCUGGAAACGUUAAAAGUAGUUCCACCAUCACAUUUGAGUUUGCAAAAAGAAAGCAGUCCAGUGGUAAGUGGAUUCUGGAAUAAAACUUUGUUCUUUUUAUUAUUUCAUCUUCCUUUUUUUGAUCAAUGAAAAUUUUAUGUGUUAUCUCAUGAAACAAGGCUGUAGAGCUUUAUAAUAUAAAAUUAUAUGAUUCAAAUGUUUUUUUACAUUGAAAAUUCACUAAUUUACUGCAGGUAAACACAUUUUCUUAGUUGAUUGGAUAAACAAAUUAAAUAAGCUUUGAGUAUCUUUAGUGUCCUUAGGAAAGAAUUUUUUUUCUUGUGUUUUGGUUAUGUACUGUGCACACUUUCAAAUCAAAGAAAAAUAGCUGCAAAGAGGCCCCCAUCUGGCAGUGAUUAGUUUAUAUAGUCUAAACAAAAUUUUGACUUAAGUGGCUAAUGAAAGGUAUACCUCUUUUUCAGGGUACUAGGCAUAGAUUUAUCACAAGCAUGUUUUAACUUGGGUGAAUACUUUUUUAACAAUUAUUUUGGGGUUGUCACAAGAAACAUUUAGUUUUAAAAUUCAACACGCUUAUGCUACAAAAUUUCUGAAAAUCCAUUUAGAGACAGAAAAUUUGACCUUUGCACUUGACCUGAGUUCCAAAGCAUUGAGAGUCUACAUUCUACCUGACUUGUGAAAAUGUGGCUGGUCUGAAAAGUUUCAACUUGCAUAGUAGCAAAAAUAAUAAUAAAAAUGUUAAUCUCUUUAACCGCUUUUAAUUUCAGAUGUGCCGAACUCUUCUGAAAGCUCCACUGAAGGGAGUCAGUCAUCAAAGUCAGAAAAUUCGGACAUGGUAUGCUCCUGUUUUUCCAGAGAAUAAAGGAUAAUAAACGAGGGACUGCAUUCCAGCUGUGUGAAGGAAAUAGUAGAACAAGCUGUCCACAUACCUUGUUGUACUGUUUCCUGUUUUUUCAUCUACUUUUACUUUCAAAUUUCUAAAAUAAUGGAAAGUCAUAAUUACCAGGAGUGAAAAAUUAUAUGCAGUGUCUGAUGGUGAAGGAAGGCAAAUAAGUAGUACUUAGCAAACAAGCAAAGUGACAUGCAAAGAAAUAUAUGAAAAAACUCUACCAGCAUGAUCAACCUCAUUAGCCAUAGAUGUUUAUUUCAAGAGCUAUAAAAUAACUUCUUCACGUUUCAAGGCCACUAUAUUCUGUUUUUUUUUUUUUUUUUUUUUUUUUGUUUUUUUUUUUGAAGCAUGCAGGUGGAGUGGAUACCAAAGGAGUUUCUCAAAAGGCCCCUGGUGCCGGAGACCCUGAAGAUCCUCUAAAAGUUCCUGAUACUGAAGAUGCAGCAAGGAAUUUCCCAUUCCAGCUGCAGAUUGAGUACACAGACACAGAGGGGAACAAGGCUCUGAGGGUCCUCACAAGGGCCAUGCCUGCUACUUGUGACAGAAAAGUGACAGAAAAAAGUGAGUGGUCAAAAUUUACGUGAAAAUAGUGUCAAAUAAAUUUGAAGCCUUUGUUAUCAAAGAAAAAAAAACUGUUACUGUCAGUUACUUCUGGCUCUUAGCUUUUCCAUAAGCACAAAAUCACUUUGAGAACCUUGUUCCGAAAGUCCGAAAAUAAAAAUUGUGAAAUUUCAAUUCACAUCAUUGCAAAAGAUGAAAAAAAUCUAUAAAAAAAUGGUCUAUAAACAUAUAGACCAUUUUUAUAUUCUAAAAAAAAAAAAAGUUUUGUAUAGCUAACAUAACUAAUUAUUUUAUUUUUUAAAUAACGAAGUUGAAUAACAAGAUGCUGAAAUUCUGCUUUUAAAUAUUUUAAAAAAAAAAUCACCUUAAAUUUCUGUUAAAAUGUUUUUAAAUGUGCAGAUUUGAGUUUUAAAAUGAAAAAAAAAACCAAACAAAUAUCCCCUUUAAAAGAUUUUUAAAAAAUGUGUCAAAAAAAUGUUUAGUGAACAAAACAGUGAAUCAUUAUGUGAAAAUGUUUCAAAGGGCUUGUCUUUCUUCCACAGAUGCCAACCUUGAAGUACUUGGAGCUCAUGCUGCCAAGAAAUCAGCAGACUUAGCGCUGAAAGGGCAGUUUUCCAAAUCCAGAGGCCUAGCUUUGAUGAAUCAGAGACUUGCCUGGAGGAACACGUAAGUCACUCUUGUAUGCAACCGAUAAGUCAUUCAUUUGCAAAACGUGGGUAAAAUCCAUUAGCCAUCAUUAAGUAAGUUUUGUGUUAAAUAUUCGCCCUAACUGGCAUCAAGCUGUUACUAUUAGUAUUACCCUCUAUUGAAAUAAUUUCCUGAAAACAUUCCGAAUUAUUGAAGAAACUGUAUGAUAGUAUUAACCUUUCUUGAAAUAAUAGCAAAGAAUUCCAACUUUUUUCAAAUAAUUGUCUGAAACUAUUCAGAUUCUGUGAGUCUAGUCAGAUAUGUUUGGCUGUUAUCAAAGUUUAAGAAGUAUUGAUUCUUUAUUUAAAUAAAAAAUAUUAGAUUUAAAAAAAAAAAAUAAGAUAAGAUUCUUUAUUGAUCCAAAAUAUGGAAAUUUUCGAGUGUACAUGUGUACAUGUGGCUCAUCUCUGUUAGCCUAAGCAAGUCGUCACCAAACUCAUUAGUCAAAAGAGCCAAAAAUCAGCAGCAGGGGGAUUAAAAAAAUUUUUGAGAGCUAAAUUUCGUUUUAAGAACCUGUGAAGAGCCAUGUUUUUCGGAGUCGGUUUAAACUGGCUACUAAACAUUAAAUACAACCAGUUAUAAUAAUAAUCUUAUUUAUUGACAAAAAAUACAAAACACGCAUUAAACAUAAAAUUCAACCAGAUAUUAUAAUAAUAAUCUUCUUGAAAAAAAAACAAAAAAAACACCCAUUUAAUGUGAACUAUGACCUUGUAUUUCCUUGGUAAGUUAGUAUAAGUCUGGUUCGUAUGUCAUUGUUUUUAAUUUCAAGCAGGAUGUCAGAUCCGAAACGUAAAACAAUUUCUCAAUUUACUCUUGAUGAGGUUCAUGCUUGAAAAUGAUUGUGCGCAUGAAUAUAUGGUGCCAAAGAGCCGCACUCAGGUUGGUUAAGAGCUGCAUGCGGGCGAGCCGCGAUUUAUGACCACUGGCCUAAGCUUUACUGAUGCAGUGAAAUAUGUGUGAUUUUGAAAUCAGGUUUAGUUAAAGUUGUCAUAUAUUAUUGCUUCCUGGCAGCCUUGGAUUAUUUUCACCAUGCAAGAUUUAAUGAAAUCAAUGUUCCAGAAGAGCAGGAAACAAAUAAUGCAUUAUUUACUUAACAGGCACAGUGAUACAUCCUCAACUAUGGACCGUGCCAAAUAUAAAGUCAUCUACAGCAAGAUACAGAGCAUGGAAAACUUUAUACAGAGGAAGCAGAUGGUGGGCUGUUGUCAUGUCUUUAUCCAAUAAACUGUUGCUGUUUAGAGAUCAAGAGCUAAAUAUCAUUAAUUUGGGUUCAUAGAAAAUAUGCCCUAUGAAAUCUACAAACUUUUUCUUAAUGUUGUAGAGGGGUGAAGGACAGUAGAUUAUAUAUUAUAUAUAUAUUAUUGGCGCAGUGGGAGAAGUGAGCUAGAGUAUAAAGGUUUUAUAGGAGCUGUGGGAGAAGUGAGCUAGAGCAGUGGUCCCCAAAUGGCGGUCCGUGGACCUUCAUCGGUCCGCAUGCCUAACGCUGCCGGUCCCCAUUACAUAAAUAUUUAUUGUCAAAUAGAAAUAAAAGUAUAAAAAUAAAUCAUGCACCGGUCCCUGGUAUAAUUUCGAAACUUGUUCACCGGUUGGCCAAACUUAAAUGUUUGGGAACCACUGAGCUAGAGUUUAAAGUUUUUAUUGAUGCAGUGGGAGAAGUCAGCUAGAGUAUAAAGUUUUUAUUGAAGCUGUGGGAGAAGUGAGCUAGAGUAUAAAGUUUUUAUUGAUCCAGUGGGAGAAGUGAGCUAGAGUAUAAACUUUUUAUUGGAGAAGUGAACUAGAGUAAAAAGUUCAAGGAGGAGAAAGAAUUUUUAUUUUUAAAAAGUGUUAUGACUAUAAUCAUAAAAUAUUACCUGAUGAAGGUCACUUGGAUUUAUUUUUAGAUCCCUUGAAAUGAAAGAUUUGACCCAUGUAGUCAACGGGAAUAUAAUUUUUUUUAUAUGUGAUAAGAUGAAGUCAGCACAACUCCCAUUUUUUUUUUUUUUUUGUGGAAAGCUUGCACUGUAAAAACCUCUAAAAAAUAAAUAAUUUUUAUGUCUUGCACUUUCAUACAAAAGGAGAAAUAAACUUCUAAAAAUAAAUUUUGUGGUUUUAAGUCUGCUUUUCCCUUGAAAUGAAAGAUUUGACCCAUGUAGUCAACGGGAAUAUAAUUUUUUUUAUAUGUGAUAAGAUGAAGUCAGCACAACUCCCAUUUUUUUUUUUUUUUGUGUGGAAAGCUUGCACUGUAAAGACCUCUAAAAAAUAAAUAAUUUUUAUGUCUUGCACUUGCAUACAAAGAGAGAAAUACACUUCUAAACAUAAAUUUUGUGGUUUUAAGUCUGCUUGAUGUGAUGUGUUCCAGCAAGAGAUUGACCAGUUUGGACAUACAAGGAGUGACAGUGAACACAGUGACACUGAUGAGUUGUACGAUGAUGGGCAGAACUCUAGUGCUAAAGCUCCACCACCUCCCAGGGAAUACACCAAAGGUUACAUUGCCACCAAGUUCAAAAAAGUAUGUCCUUAAUUUUAUUUAACUAUGCAAAGCAAGUGAGUCCCUGGAUGUUCCUAAGCAUUUUUUUUUUUUUUCUAAAAGCAUUUGUACUUUUUUUUCAUGAAGUUUUGAUUCUUUAGGACAGAUAUGAAGAGUAAAAAGAUGUUCAAAAAAUUCCUCACAGCCCACUUAUCAAUCUUUUGUGUUUCAGUUUGAAAGAUUGUGUUUUAUUAUAUCCCUUAAAGUUGCGACUAAAUGCUUCUUUCAGGGGUCCCAAAAAAAACAACAACAACCAAAUGCAUCCAUACACAUUCCUCUCAUUAGUAUUUAAAGGAAUAAAUGAAAUUCACACAUCCCUCAAGACUUGCGCAAUGGUGUUGCUCUGCAUAAGUUACAAUUUAAAAAAAAAAAACUGAAGUUUUUAUCAUGGUUAGUUUUUAAUCAAAAUGUGUGUUAGGCUUAGUUUUAGUAUGUAUCGUCUUAUAACCAGCACAUGUUGGUCCGAGUUGCCCAAAAUAUUAUUGUUUUGUUUUGUUUGUGUGGUCAUUUCUUGUUAUUUUAUGGCCAGUAAUGUUCUGUUUUUUAUAAACUUAAUCCAUUGCUCUUAAUUCAUGGAUACCACUAAUUAAUGAUUAUGAUAUGAUUAACAAUGCUAUUUUAUGUACUGUUUUUAAAAAUCGUUUUUUUUUUUUUUUUUUAAUUACUGUAUUCAGUUAUGUUGAAAACUCCAAAUUUUCCUAUGAUUUUCAUGCAUUCAUUUUUUAUCGAUGAUUCAGAUUCACUCAGAGCGUAUUCAUGGAUACCACUAAUUAAUGAUUAUGAUAUGAUUAACAAUGCUAUUUUAUGUACUGUUUUUAAAAAUCGUUUUUUUUCUUUUUUAAAUUACUGUAUUCAGUUAUGUUGAAAACUCCAAAUUUUCCUAUGAUUUGCAUGCAUUCAUUUUGUAUCGAUGAUUCAGAUGCACUCAGAGCGGGCCUCAGAAAUGGAGGACAGUAUGGCCAACAUGAUGUACAGGUUUCGUAGUGUCGGGGCGGACGAGAUGAGUGCCCCUGCACCGGGGGACAAGAUGCUGGCCUUGCCUUCCAGUUCCAGUGACAAGCAGGAGAAAAAAAGUGGGAAAGGAAAGAGGAAAUAAGCUGCUGGCACCCUCAAGGAGCGAGUUUCAAGCAAAAUUUGUGAUGGGUGUCUGCCUGCUCAGUGGUUGACACAGUUGCUGUGGCCGACAUUGCACUGAUUUGGUGCUUAUGUUUUCUACAGUUAAUUACUAAAUCCUAGCCCAGGAGAACUGGGUUCUAAGAACUGUCCUCCUUGUAAUGCUGUAAAGACUUUAUAGGAACAACUGAAAUCUGUUGUUUUUUGCCUGACAAGAACAUUAAACAGGAACUAAAUACUAUCCCAGGAGGAUCUCAAACAGGAAAAUCGAGAAUGGACUUGAUAGUAAAUAUGAAACUCUUAUUGAAAGACCCAAUAAUAGUUUUAAAAUUUAAAAAAAUGGUCUCACAUUCUUCAUUAAGGGUUCACUAAUUUUCUAUUUUAAUUAAUUUUUGAUUCAAUUGUUUUGUAAAUUGUAAAUGAUUUGUAGUUUUUUGUAACCAUAAAAACAUGCCUACUUUGGCUUUUUAAAAAAAAAAAGAAUCAAGUCAUGCACAAAUUCUUUACAAGAUGAAACUCUUUAGAAGAGAAGUCAGUAAUAAUCAAAUAGUUUCUGAAUAAUUUAAAAAAAAAAAAAUUUGCAAAGAACUUUAAAUAUUUGUUAAAAUCCAAAAAAAGCCUUUUUCACUGUGAAAUGUAAAUGUCCUUAAUCUUCAGCCUUCAACUCCAAGGUUGAUGAAACAGUAUGGCUCACCUUAAUUUCCUAGCAAACUCAAUUGGAAUUAUGUGACUUUUAAACCCAAACAAGGUGAUCUAUCAUUUUACCUUUGUGCUUUGUUCUGGAUCCUCUGCUGACCUACAUAAGACGCACAGUUUUCAUCAUAGGCCCAAUGCUGGUGACCUUUACAAUCAUUUAGCUUCUUAACUGGGAGAAAAUCUUAGAAUGUUAAAAACUAUUUCUGUCAGAUUAAUUUUUUAAAUUUAUUUAUCAUGCUUAUCAUUAGAAUAAUUGGUAAAUAUAGAAGCAUAAAAUGACAUUUUUUUUUUACAAAGUUCAGGUGUGAUUUUAAGAUAAUUUAAAUAAAGUGAUAUUCUAAUAUUUUUUAGAUUCAGGGGUGGUAACAUUUUGAAAUCCCUUGGUGAUAUUUUUUUGAGAUCCACGUAACAAAACUUUAGAUCCAGUGGUGCCAUUUUAAAUCAAGUUUUCAGUUCCACACUUUUUAAAACAAUUUCUAUUACAUUUGAUGAGAGACUUCAUUUUAGAAUGGCCGUGCCAAUCAAUUGCUUUUUAUCAAAAGACACUUAAACUUGUAAACUGCUUAUUUUAUACAUGAUUGUGCAUUGUGUGAUUUCUUAUACUUGAUGUGAGAAAGAUUUUUGAUAAGGCUGUGGUGAGAUAGUUUAACAAUUUCAAACUGCAGACUUUUUGUGUGGUUGUGUUAAAUUAACCCAUUGCUUUUAUUACCAAAUUUUUUUACAUUUUAUCUUACUUAAGGAAAAAAACCAAAGCAUAAAAGCCUGGGAUAUUACGUUCCUUCCGUAUAUUAUAUAUUUUUAAUUUGAUAUAAUUUUUUCUACAAGAAAAUAAAAUUAUAAUUAGAAGAUAUUGUUGAGCAUUUGAUUCUGUUGUACUGGCCAGAUUGUGUUGCUGUUAUUCAAAAUUAAACUCAUCCUCAGUGGCAGGGUCAGCAACCUUUGUCACUCACAGAAGACGCAGUAUUACGCAUAGUGAAUGUGUCAGGGUCAGCAACCUUUGUCAAUCAUAGAAGACGUAGCAUUAUGCAAAGUGAUCUUGGCAGGGUCAGCAAAAAAAAAAAGGCCCCUAAUUUUUUCUAAAAAAGUCAUUUAAAAAAUGAGUUUAAUAAAUUCCAGCAUAUAUCGUUAGCAUGAAGUGGAGAUCCUACCUUUGUACAAUAUAAGCAAAUGGUUUCUGACCCCCCCCCCCCCCACCCCUUUGUGGUGUAUUUUCUUUUUAAUCAUAGAAGACGUAGCAUUAUGCAAAGUGAUCUUGGCAGGGUCAGCAAAAAAAAAAAGGCCCCUAAUUUUUUCUAAAAAAGUCAUUUAAAAAAUAAGUUUAAUAAAUUCCAGCAUAUAUCGUUAGCAUGAAGUGGAGAUCCUACCUUUGUACAAUAUAAGCAAAUGGUUUCUGCCCCCCCCCCCCCCCCACUGCUCUGUGGUGUAGUAUCAUUUUCGAAGUUAAUUUUCGUAAAAGAGGCUCUUUAAACAGGUCUCCUCUCAAUACCAUUAGCUAUCUUGAUUUUUUUCUGGAAAGUUGCAAAAAAUUGAUUCAUAAAAAUAAAAGUUCAAUCCACAUUAAUUUUGAUUCUUGAGUUCCAGGUUUCAAAAAAAAAAUUCCUGUAAAAAAUAACAAUUAUUCAGAGUUCUUAAAAUGUAAUUUUUAAAUGGAAAAUAUAAAUCUCAAACAGACUCCUUUCCAAUAUAACCAAAUGCAUCCUCGGCCAUUUUUCUCAGCUUCUGUUUGUCUGGUUUUGCGCUUGCUGUCCAUGGAAAAUUAUCCUUCAGAAUCUGAAAGUUGUGAGUUAAUUUAUCAAAUGUUCAUUUAGCAGUGUUUAUAUUAAUUAAGAAGUAUGGCGUUUCAAGUGAGUAUACAAAGAGGUUUAAGAGACCUACAGAAACUUGGCUGAGGAGCUUAGGAGACGGAUGCACUUUACUGACUUGCUUAAUUAAGAAAAGAACCUUCCAUGUGUGCCCAGAUUCAGCUUGCUGGUAACCUUUCAAGAUCGAUAUGGGAAGCAAUUUUGUGGAGGGGGGGGGUUUAACCCCUAAAUUUAAAACUAAUCAAAGGUCAAGAUUAUAUCAAUGAUCAACAUCUUUUUUUCCUUCGGCCUACUGGAGUUAGUGUUUGUGACAUAUUUUUUAAACCAUAUUACAACUCGAUUUCAGUGCAUACAUUACAAUAUAAUUACUAGCAGGUUUUGGUGCAUAUUACCAUAUAAAAACCAGGACUUGUUGCAUAUAUUACCAUAUAUGUAACAGGUGUUGGUACAUUUAUUAACACAUAAUAGCAAGGUUUUGAUGCGUGUAUUACCAUGUAGUAACCAGGUUUUGGUGUUAAGUAUCCAAGAUUGGGGAGGAAAAUACUUUCACAAU